UCCUGCCCUUAUCAUCUUUCACCUUAUGAAUAAUUUUGUGGCAUUCUUUGUUCUAAACAGACACUGCCUAUUAUUAAUAAUGAAAAUGAAGAUAAUUAUAUAUAUUUGCAUUUGGGCAGCUGCAUGGGCCAUUCCGGUUCCUCAAAUCACACCAUCAGAAAGGCAUAUUAUUGAAAAAUCUGUGAAUGUACCUUUUCUAGCACACUCAGGGACCCCCUCACAGAAUGAGUUACAUAUCAAUAACACCACUAAAGAUAACAGUGAGCCCCCAGAUGGGGGUGAAAUAGGAAGACAAGUGUACACCAAGGACAUUUAUAAAAGAGAAGGGAAUAUCUCUGAGUCAAUAGGUGCGGGAGGGACGAAUCCUUCUUCACAGCCCAUUUUAGCAAGUGAAAAGGAGAACAUUGUGUAUGAAAAUGAGGAUUUGGAAACAUAUGGUCAUGAUGAGAUACACACAAAAGGAGAGGGCAGCAUGGCAAAUGAUAUCAGAGGCCAAGCAAACAUCACUGGAAAAGCAGAAGCAAAGGGGAGUAAUGUAAAUGCACACGCCGAUCAGGACACAGACACCGGGGAUGCUGGCGAUGUGAGCCACAGUGCAGACACCACCCUUGUCCAGGGAAGCGGACCUCAAGCAGCUGCAAGCAAGAAUAGUGCAAGCCAUGAGGCUGGAAUACAUGGGGAUGGGGUUGCUACUCCGGAAACAACGCCUCAGAGAGAAGGGGAGGGAAGUGGGAAUGAGGGUGUUGAGGGAACACCAGGCACUGAGGAAGAUGCUGGUUUGGGUAAUGCUGAUGGGAGUCCCAGCGGGAAUGGGGAAAGUGAGGAUGAGGACAUGGGCUCCGGCGACGAUGAGGGUACAGAAGCAGGAGAUGGAAAGGGGGGCGAUGAUGAGAGUAAGGGCCAGGAAGACCAGUCUCAUCAGGGGAGAGAUGAUAACAGAGGCCAGAGUUCAGUCAGUAGUGAAGAUGAUGACUCUAAAGAAAAAGAUGGCUUCCCAAAUGGAUGCGAUGGAGACAACACCUCUAGCAGCGAGGAGAACAAUGGUACUGAAGAAGGCAAUGGUAGCCAAGCAAUACAGGAAAACCAGAAGCUUAGUCACAAAGACAAUAGAGAUACAGAAGCUGUAAUCACCUGCCAAUCAAAAGCAUGUCCUCUGGGGAAGAGCCAGGGCCAGGGAAUCGACACCGAAGGUCCCAGCGCGGGCAACAGAAGUGAUAUCAUCAAAGACUCUGGGAGACUCAGUGAAAAUAAAGAGAACGACCGACACCAGGGAAUGCAAGUGGACAAAAGAAAUAGCCUAAGGCAGGCACAGUCUGGCAAGCGUCCAGGGCCCACUGAGACACCCAAAGCCCACAGCAACACAGGACACAGUGGCAGAGGUAGUGGUAGCCACAGUGAUGCGCAUGGCAGCUAUGACUUCGACGAUGAGUCCAUGCAGGGAGAUGAUCCCAACAGCAGCAACGCGUCUAACUUGGAAAGUGAGGACGAGAGCGGCAGCCAGGAUCACUCCUCUUACAACUCUGAUGAAUCCAGUGACUCAAAUGGGGGCGGUGGUGACAGGAGCGAGGACACAUCUGAGGCUGAUGACAGUGAGGAGAGUGACGGCAAGGACGACUCACAAAGCAGUGACCAUGGUAACACCAGCGACAGCGACAGCGACAGCAGUGACAGCAAGGGCAGUGACAGCAAGGACAGUGACAGCAGUGACAGUGACAGCAAGGACAGCAGUGACAGUGACAGCAGUGACAGUGACAGUGACAGCAGUGACAGCAGUGACAGCAGUGACAGCAGUGACAGUGACAGCAGUGACAGCAGUGACAGUGACAGCAGUGACAGUGACAGUGACAGUGACAGCAGUGACAGUGACAGCAGUGACAGCAGUGACAGCAGUGACAGCAGUGACAGCGACAGUGACAGUGACAGUGACAGCAAGGACAGCAGUGACAGCAGUGACAGCAGUGACAGUGACAGCAGUGACAGUGACAGCAGUGACAGCAGUGACAGUGACAGUGACAGCAGUGACAGUGACAGCAGUGACAGCAGUGACAGCAGUGACAGCAGUGACAGUGACAGCAGUGACAGCAGUGACAGCAGUGACAGCAGUGACAGUGACAGCAGUGACAGCAGUGACAGCAGUGACAGCAGUGACAGUGACAGCAAUGGCAGUGACAGUGACAGUGACAGCAGUGACAGCAGUGACAGUGACAGCAACAGCAGUGACAGCAGUGACAGUGACAGCAGUGACAGUGACAGCAGUGACAGCAGCAACAGCAGUGACAGCAAGGACAGCAGUGACAGCAGUGACAGUGACAGCAGUGACAGUGACAGCAGUGACAGCAGUGACAGCAGUGACAGUGACAGCAGUGACAGCAGUGACAGCAGUGACAGCAGUGACAGUAACAGCAGUGGCAGCAGUGACAGCAGUGACAGCAGUGACAGCAGUGACAACAGUGACAGCAGUGACAGUGACAGCAGUGACAGCAGUGACAGCAGUGACAGCAGUGACAGUGACAGCAGUGACAGCAGUGACAGCAGUGACAGCAGUGACAGCAGUGACAGCAAGGACAGCAGUGACAGCAGUGACAGUGACAGCAGUGACAGUGACAGCAGUGACAGUGACAGCAGUGACAGCAGUGACAGCAAGGACAGCAGUGACAGCAGUGACAGUGACAGCAGUGACAGUGACAGCAGUGACAGUGACAGCAGUGACAGCAGUGACAGCAAGGACAGUGACAGCGACAGCAGUGAUGAGAGUGACCCCAAGUCUGGUAAGGGCAACAAUGCAAGUGACAGUGACAGUGACAGUGGCAGUGAAGGCAGUGACAGUAAUCACUCCACCAGUGACGAUUAG